AUGGAAGGUGGUAGUAGUGCUUUUCGUCCCUAUCAAAAUUUACCAAAAAAUUACCUUGGAUCAACUCCUCCAUUUACUGCCAUAGAUAGGUUUUUAUUGAGUCAUGAAAAUUAUUUUUACCCUUUAAGUAGUAGUAGUAGCCAUGCAAAUGGAGUUUCUUGGCCAAAAAGUUUACCAGAGCCAUGUUUUAUUGAAGAGUUUUUUCUCAACGAACAAGAGAAGGGUUUAAUAGAAGACGCGAAAUCAGUCCAAAAAAAUAAAAGGGAGAGUGGGAAAAAGGCAAAAGAAGCUUCUUCAACUUCAAAUUAUUUGGUCAAGGGUCAGUGGACUGAUGAAGAAGACAGGAAACUGCUUAGGUUGGUAAAACAAUUUGGAGUAAGGAAAUGGGCUCAAAUUGCUGAGAAAAUGGACGCUAGAGCAGGGAAACAGUGUCGAGAGAGAUGGCAUAAUCAUUUGCGUCCAGAUAUCAAGAAAGAUACAUGGAGUGAAGAAGAAGAGUUGUUGUUAGUGGAAGCACAUAAGCAACUUGGAAACAAAUGGGCAGAUAUUGCAAAGAGAAUUGAUGGAAGGACUGAAAAUUCAAUCAAGAACCAUUGGAAUGCGACUAAAAGAAGGAUGAAUUCAAGGAGAAAUAAGAAGAGAAAAAAUCAACAAGAUGACCAAAAUGAACGCAAAAAUCGCUCCAAUAUUCUCCAAGAUUAUAUAAGAAGCGUGUGCUUCGCUGAUGAUUCUCCCCUCACCACCGCCACAUACCAUUGUGGCGGUGGUUUUGGUGGUGGCGGUGGAUGCAGUUCCACCACCACCACUGUCACACAGAGUACUAGUACCAUCACAAAUGCAACCCUAACAUACUCUGACGAUGAUUCUCCAUCGUUUCUCACUCAUCAAACAUGUGAUGAAGAAAUGAACUUCAUGCAAAAUUUAUUUGGAAAGAAUUCACUCUUGAGUGACAAUAAUGGUACUAAAGCCAUUGAUCACUCUAUGGAGGCAAAAGUAACUCAAAAUCUUUUCGACAACAACUCAUCUAUCUCUAACUCUGCCUUCAAUUCCUUUGGUGAAAAUCUGCUAUCUAAGGGUCAAGAGGCUCAAUUACAGUAUUCUCAACAUUUUUGUCCUGACGUUUACCUUCCGUACCUUCUAGAUGGUUCAUCUUAUAAUCCGGAGUGCUUCGGAUAUGGAAACAACAUGAAUAUGCAGAUGAAUCAAGCAACUGGUUGUUCUUCAGGAGGAAACAAUAAGGUGGAAGUUGAUUUAAUGGAGUUAGUUUCAUCUUCUCAUUUCUCUCAAGGAACCUAUAACAAUACCUUCUUUUGA